AUGCAGGUGGAGUUUAUGUUUACAAAGCAGAAUAAAAUGCCGUGGAUGGAUUACGGUCAUCAAUUAAUGAAAAAACUUGACACCUCCAGUAAUCAAGAAGAAUACGAAGAAUACGAAAUAGUUGCGAAUGAACCACUUUCGAAUCUAGUUCAUUUGUUAGUCGUUCGAGCGAGAAAUUUCUUGCAAAUUUUACCUAUUGGCAGGCACGUAAUGGCUCAAUUGAAAAACAUGAAAAAAAAACCAUUGCGAUCGUAUACCCCUGUCCCGCCGUGCCUUCACCCUGACGACAUGGCGCCGAAAUAUACAACCGAUUGCCUGUGUUUCAUGAUCAAGAAGUAUCCAAAUGGUGCUCUCAGUCCGGUGAUAACAGGUCUUCAGACUGGCCAAAGCCUACUCUUGAGCAAUGCUCAAGGUUCCUUCAUAAUAGAAAACUUUGAUCGUUAUCCUGUCAUUCACAUGCUUGCUGCUGGCACAGGACUAACAGUGAUGCUUGGUAUCAUUCAACGAGCUUUGGUCAGACGCAACGUGUCAGUAUUCCUACCAUUUUCUAAA